AUGGCAGACCUAGAUGCCGACAGUACUUCUAUGCUUGACUUGCGGUCAAGUAUAAACACAUUGUAUAUGUUAGGUUGUACUGCUUUAUUACCUUUGAUUAUACUUGGCAUUGCGUUCUUCUAUUCAGGGUUAACUCAACGAAGAUCAGCAUUAACCAUGUUUGCCAUACCACUAAUAUUGACACCAAUGAUUGUUAUAGACUGGUUUAUAUGGGGAUACUCCCUAUGUUAUUCAGAAGCAGCUAACCAUUUCAUUGGGAAUUUAAACUUUGUGGUGCUAAGACAGUUCAGAGAUGCAUCAACAGCGGAGUUUACGAAUUCGAGAGGUCAUAUUUUAGCAGGAGUUCAUGUUUUAUUUAACUUAUUUUUUAAAUUAGUUUGUGCUUCCUUCACAUUCCCUGGUUGUGUUGCUGAAAGAGGACGAAUUUUACCAAUGCUUCUAUUUGUUUUUAUUUGGUCAACCAUUAUUUACAACCCUAUUACCUAUUGGUUUUGGAAUACUAACGGUUGGCUAUCUGUUGAUUUGCAUAGAAUACCAGUAUUGGAUUUCGCUGGUGGGAAUUGUAUUCAUAUUGUUAGUGGAUUCACGUGCUUAGCAUAUUCUUACAUUUUGGGUCCAAGAAACCCCAAAUUACUUUUCAAUUAUCGAAAUGCCAAUACAGGUCAUAUUUUACUUGGAACAUGUCUUGUCUUUUUUGGAUGGAUAGGGUUUAUUGCUGGUUGUGACUUUAAAUUUUCAUUCAAUUCGGUAUACAUCAUCAUAAAUACAUUGAUUGCAGCAUGUGCAAGUGCAAUAAUUUGGACAGCUAUAGAUUUCUUUUUUUCAGCGGUGCCAUUAGAAGGUGAAACGGUUACUGUUAAACCAGAAGAUUAUAACUUGCACGCCGUCGUUUCUUCUCCAAUAGAACCUGCGAUAUCUCGAACUGGAGUUUCUAUUAAUCAAAGAUAUCACGAGUCAAAAUCUAACUUUGUUGAUAAGAGAAAAUUCUCAAUGAUUUCAUUCUCUUCGGGUAUAAUGGCUGGUUUAGUUGUUUUCACGCCUGGUGGUGGAUACGUCUCAUCAAAUGCAGAAUUCUGGAAAGGUAUCGUAUUUGGUGUUGUUGGUGGUGUAACAGGGAAUUUGGCAACAAGAUUGAAGUAUUUUUUCAAUAUAGACGAUGCAUUGGAUCUUUUUGCAAUCCAUGGUGUUCCUGGUAUUGUGGGAUCUUUGCUUACAGGUAUAUUUGCUAAUAAAUUGUAUGAUUCUGAAGGUGGAUGGGUUGCUGGCCAUUGGAAGCAAUUUGGGUUUCAAUUAUUGGGAAUUGUUGUUACCAGUGCAUACGUGUUUAUUUUGUCGUUGGUGUUCUUAUAUUUGAUUGAUCUAAUACCUGGUAUGCAUUUACGAAUUGAUAAGGAUUUUAACAGAAGAGAAAGGGAAAAACAAAUAAAUCUUCUGAAUAAAUUAAACAAUCAAGAACUCGAGUCACAAGUGUCACCACAUAACGGAGAGGAUUCAAAUACAGCCGUCACUGAGCUGGAAAGUUUUUGGGAAGAAGUUGAACUUCAAGGAACUGAUAGUUAUGAAUUUAAUGGUGAAUACAUGCUAGAUUUUAUGGAGUUUAUUCGAGUUAUUCGUCCUCAAGAUUAUGAAGAUGAUGAACCACCGGAAAUAAUACAAUCACCAAACACGUACGAAACCUACCAAGGAGGUGCAGGGCACGAUUUCGAAUUACACCCUGAAGGAAUAAACAAUCUCAACAAACGAGAAUAA